AUGUCAGCAGUGUACGAAUAUACCGGCCCCGUGGACUGUAGCGUGGUGCCAGACAAGACUCAGUGCAAAGGCAAGAGUGUGAUUGUAACUGGAGGGGCCAAUGGCAUGGGAGAGGCAUAUGUUCGGGAGUUUGUCAAGAACGGGGCCUUUGUGACAUACUGCGACGUCAAUGAAGAAAGAGGGAAAGCCAUUGAGGCUGAGUUGAGUCCGGAGAAAACUUGCUUUGUCAAGUGUGAUAUCAGUUCAUGGGAUGAUCAAGUCCGAAUGUUCGAGGCGGCCGUGACAAAGUCGCCAUCGAAGACGGUCGACAUCGUCAUUUCGAAUGCAGGUGUUGGUAGAGGGGCAGGCGACCCCAUGAUGGCUCUAGAAGACCCCCUCUCCAAGCCGACGAAACCCAGCAUGCACAUCAUCGACAUCAACCUGGUCGGCAACAUGUACACAUUCAAACUUGCCAUACACUAUUUCAGACGCGGUGAUCAGACUCCGGAUCGAGACCGCUGCUUUAUCUUCAUUGGCAGUAUCGCCGGUAUUUGUGAUAAUCUAGGGAGCUGGGAAUAUUCGACGUCGAAAUGGGGCCUCCGUGGACUCAUGCGGACUGCUCGACGGAACGCACCUCACCAGGGCAUCCGAGUAGCCUACGUUGCGCCGGCCUGGAUUCGCACUGCCAUUCAAACACAAGAAACUCUGGACAGGCUGGCAAAGAACGGAGUCGAAUUCGCCACCAUCGAGAGUGCUGUCAAGUGUAUAAUGAGGAUUUCAUGUGAUAAGAGCAUCAAUGGGCACUCGUUUGUCAUUUGCUCCGAAUCGGUAAGUCAGGACGGCUUCAUAGAUGCGGAGGAAGACGACCGUACGGAUGAGAACCACUGGCUUCAAAAGAUCCAACGAACUGUGUUCAGAGCUAGAGGCGAUGCAUGGCCAUGA